AUGAUCGAAGAAGAAUACAGACCUGAAGAUAAAGCGUCUAUAAAAAAGAAAUAUAAAGUAUUUCAGACUCUUGCUUCAAUGAUAAGACAAAGAGGGUACUUUGAAGCCAACCCUCCUAUUCUUUUGGAAGAUGAACCUUUCGAAUUGUUUGAAGCAAAAUAUCGCACAGAUGUUUUACCCUAGAGAGUAGUUUGCUUUAAAGUAAGGCAUUCCAUUUAAUAAUAUGAUAGAAGGAGGACGAGACAGACAAAAUGGUUAUCUAAUUUUACACUAAAUAAACAGCUCUAAAUUAUGAGGAUGCAAAAAAAUAUAUUGGUGAACUUUCUAAUCGAUAGGUUAAGAGACUCAUAAUGGUAUUUCCAACUGACCCAUUUGCAACCAAACCUUAAGUAGUGGAAAAAAAGGCAAGGUUUUUUAUAGAUUAAGUCAAUUCCAUCUAGACCUACUCGUUUGAAUUGUUUGGAGAAGACGAUUUAGUGUAUGAUGUAACUAAGCAUGAAUUGGUGCCUCAACAUAUCAUCUUAAAUGAUAAGGAGAAAGAGGUAAAAGUUCAAGUGAUAAACUUAGUUAUUAUUGAAGAAGUAUGGGAUGGUGGACAAUCAAUUGCCAAGAAUAUUACAGAGCGAUCCAAUAGCAAGAUUUUUGGGACUUCAUCACGGGGAUGUAGUAAAAAUAAUAAGAAAAAGUGAAACUGCAGGAUUAUAUGUUACUUACAGAAUAGCCAUAUGAUUUGAAUAUAUAAUUAAU